AAUUGACCGGUGUGCCGAGUAAAGUUUGGACGUCUCGGUCAUACACCGUCAUUCCGUUUUAUUAUUUUCCUUUGUAUUAUAAAGUAUAGGCGCAGCGAUGGGAUUGCUUCCUGUUUUUACCCGCAAGUUAAAGGAGUUAUAAGAGUUAUACAAGGGAGUUUGUCAAAGUAUCAGCCCGUCAGCUAAUGUUAGCACCCUGCUAACUCUGUUUAGCCUAGCUUUGCACAAUAUGUUGUUAACACUUGUUGGAGGUCUGCGCAUCGUUUUACGAGCAGACUUCGACACAUGCGGCUCAACAUAUAGUUAAAGAGAACAGAUUACUUUUAUGAAAGAAACAAGACGCCAUUGGGUGGAAAUAUGACAAGGAUCCGUUCAACUCCAGAGAGCGAUGCGGGCAAAGAUCGUUUGCCAGCAAUGUGAGAACUGAGCUCCCGCCAUCAUUCAUUGGGGAGGAAAAACUGAGUUUCCCUGCUGGGCCAGGCAGUAUGAAGUGACUGUGAAAGCGUCGUCAGAGGCAAUGGAGGUGACUAUGACCAUGAAGUGGCCAGGAUUUUGCCAACACGACCAGUUAAAGCUGCUUUUCUCUUGUGGGAUAGCCUGCCAGCCGCCAUACAGUCUGAUUAUUCUGCCAUCAAAGCAAAAGCUUCAGGAGGCUUUUGGACAAAAACAUUUACUCCAGUGUUUCAGAGCUAACCUCGGUGCCCAGGUGAGAGUUUGGUAUGCAGCAGAAAUAAGCAAGCUAGUUCAGGAAGCAUUCACCGUCUGUGGUGACAGAACUCCAAAAAAGGAGAAGUUUUGCAGAUUCCUGGCUGGGCUCGACCCUCCUUUGAGAGCUAAAUGUCAGGAGCAGAGGGGUACUGAUUUAGAGGAGGCCCCGAUUAAAGCUGGCAGAUGCGAAAUGGCUAGAGAGACUUUAAAGAUGGACUAUACUAACCCCCAUGUACGUAAACCUCACAAUGGCUGGGGCUUUAGCCAUGGUGUACUCCAUAUCCAGUGGAGGGAGAUUCUAUAAAACCAUGGACCGGCUUACUGAGGACAUGAGAGAAAUGAGGAUGGAAAUGAGACGAUAAUGGAGGAAACAACACACUCAGCCAGUGACCGGAAAGCUUCUCACCCCAUCUCUGCAGGUCUCCGGUGCCUGGACAUCGCGCAGCCAUGGGGGGCUCAACAUCUACUCGGCCAGUCCAGAGAGUGGCUGCUGACAUUCGUGAACUCCCCUGUGACUUCAAAAGCAGAGUCACACGGCCUGCCCUGUAUGAGCAAUGCCGUGAAGAGGUUGCAAAAGAUGUACAGCGGAAUGUUUUGCCACCACAACGGACCUUUGGUCAAGUCCAUGGAGCCGUAUAUAAGCCUCACGCUCCAUUUCUCGACGUGGAUCUCACAAUGAAGACGAAAUGUCUCCAAACUGCAAUUUUCCCCGCUGACCACAAAGGGCAAAAUUUUGCAGAAUGCUUGAGGCAAGGGAUGGCUGCAUCAGACUUGGAAGAGGAGAACCUCGUCUGUAUCACCACAGACAACGCAUCCAACGUGAAGCUGGCGGCAGAAAUCAAUGGCUGGACGUGGCUUCAGUACUUCGGGAAGGACUCCACUUGGCAAUAGAUGAAGAAUGUAAUGAAGGACCGAAGGAUUGACCGAGCAGUCAGGCUCUGCAAGAAGCUGGUCAGCACCUUCUCCUAUAGUUGGAAAAAAAAGGCGGGAGCUGACAGAGGCCCAGAGGAAGCUCAGUCUGCCUGAACACUCUCUUAAAACUGAGUGUUGAACCAGGUGGGGAUCUCAACAGGCCAUGAUCAGCAGGUCCUUGAGCAGCAGAAGGCCAUUACCCAGUCUUCUCAAUGACCGAAAAGCUAGACACCUCACCCCCUCGUGGCAGGACAUUAAUGUACUAGAGGACAUCAACAAGUCACUGAGCCCUCUGGUUGAAUUUAAAGAUGCACUUUCUGAGGAGAAAUGAUGUGUGUGUGUCUUUCAUCAAGCCAACUCUCCACCUUUUCAACCAUUCCAUAUUAGCAGUGCAAGAAGAUGACACGGACGUCACCAAAUUCAUCAAGGAGAAGACAGUGGACUAUCUCAAUGAGAAAUAUGAGGAUGCACCUACACAUGGGCUGCUCGACAUGGACCUGGACCCAAGGUUCAAGCUCAGAUAUGAGAAAGCCCCUCUAGCAGUGAUGCCUGCUGGGGAUGCUGCUGGUGGUGCGUUGAAGAAGAAGAAGGCCCGGGGCAGCUUCUUCAAGGUCAUUGAAGGAACAGCUUCACAGCCUGCUCCUCUACAACUAGACCAGGCCAUAGCUUUUGAACUAAACUCCUACCUCCAGACAGUGCCACUGGACAGUGAGGAGGACCCACUGGAGUGGUGGAAGGGAUCCCAGGAGCUGUACCCACGGCUCUCUAAACUAGCAAAGAAAUAUUUCUGCAUCCCAGCCACAAAUGCCUCUCCAGAGAGGGAUUUCAGUACAGGUGGAAGUAUUGUCACCUGCCUGCGGUCAUCUUUGAAGCUAGACAAUGUGAACAGACCAGUGCUUCUGGCUAAAAACCUUAAAGCGGGUGCAGGAGACAGACUGUGAGGAGCUGGGGUGAGGGAGUAUGGGACUGGAUGGCUACUACUUAAAAAAUAAUUAAGUUUUAAAAAAAGUUUUUCUUUUUUUACAAGUGAUUUUUUCAUGUGAUUUUUUUGUGUGACUUUUUGUAUUUCUUGUGUCAAUACUCAAUGGCCACAAAA